AUGGACACGAAGGAUAAAAAUAUAGAGGCGUCCUCCUCUCAAAACAGGGAUGUGGAUGGGGAUCCACCUCAAAUAACCCCCACCGACACAAGUCGGGAGACGGGAAAUCCACCCCGGUUCCUGAUUGUGAAGAGGAUUGAAGGAGAUUUCGCAAGAGUGAAUCCCUUCACUAUAGAGAAGAAUUUAUAUGGUGUAAUUGGAAAUGCUAAGAAUAUAAGCAAAAUCAGAGAAGGAUUACUAGUAGAGACAGUUUCAGCGGCUCAAUCAAGAUGUCUUCUUAAAGCAAAAAAGAUAGGAGAAUUUGCAGUAGAAGUUGUCCCACACAAUAACUUAAAUACAUCUCGAGGUGUCAUAUACUGUCAAGAUCUUCUAAACUGUUCCAUAGACGAAAUUCUUGAGGGACUAAAAGAUCAAGGUGUCUUAGCUGUCAGGCGCAUAAAAAUUAAACGAGAUGGCAAUUUGAUUGACUCUCCAAACCAUAUAAUUACCUUUAAUAAUCCUGUUCUACCUAAAAGAAUCAAAGUUGCAUUUUACUCACUACCAGUUAGAUUAUAUGUUCCACCUCCAAUGCGCUGUUUCAAAUGUCAAAAAUUUGGUCACACCUCUCUUCGUUGCCAGGAAGAACAAAUAUGUAUUUGUGGUAAACCUCUUCACGUAGGCAGCCCUUGUGAAGAGCCUUUAACUUGUAUAAAUUGUAAUGGCUCACAUUCUGCUAGAUCCCGAAACUGUCCCAUAUACAAACAAGAAACGGCAAUUCAAGAGAUAAAAGUCAAAGAAAAUAUUUCCUAUUUUGAAGCAAAGAAAAGAAUCCUUAUCAACACCCCUACACCGAACGUCUCCUAUGCUAAGGCUACAAGUUCUCCACCAAAAAGUGAUUAUACCUCUCUUGUCGACCAAUUAAUUCCUAAGAUAGUAGCUGCAAUUCUUCCUUUAAUAAAGCAGGAUCCACCGUCGCAAACAUCUAAUAUUGACAGUGAAAAACGAAAGAGAGAGAUGUCACCUGAUUUUGUUUCCCUCCUUCAGGAGAUGAGACUUCCCUAA